GAACUGGUUUCCCAUUAGAGUGGUUAGCUCGCCAGCCAUGAUCAAACACAGCGCGCUUGCCCUAAGUGGCCUAUUGUUAGCAGUGUGGAUUAGUUUCAGUUCGGCCGCUUUCGAUGUGAUGUACGAAAAAUUUGAACAGUUCAACGGAAGCGAGGUUUGCAGCCUUAAAUCGAUGCGAGUCCGAAAGUUCAACAGAACCACAUCCGUGCUGGAUGGAGUCAUGGAUCUGAAGCAAGAGGCAGACAAUAACUACGAAAUAUCCGUGAAGGCCGCCUACAGUCCCAAGGGAAACAACCAGUUCAACCAAUAUCCGAUGAAGAUCAAGCCAACUAAGCUUUGCGACUUCGUCAAUGGUGAUUGGCGCGAUUACUAUCCGUACUUUGAGAGCUCGUCGAACUUCCCGAAGGUGGGAGAAUGUCCGAUCGAGCCGAAGGAAUACCGCAUCACUAACAUGGUUUUGGACUCCAAUAUGUUUCCUCCGUAUCUUCCGAACGGGUUGUGGCGGUUGUCUAUUAUUGUUUCUCGACCCGGUGGUGAUCCACUGCUCUAUGUGGAAUCUUAUUUCAAGGUGGCGGAUGCCGGAGUAUUUUAAAAGUCUUAGAUACUUGACAUAGGAACUGAAGAGUGCACAGUUGACUGGAUUCAAUUUAUAGCAAGUGCAUAUUAAUCAUAAGUGUUUCUGUGUGAAGGUUUGGCUAGGUUGAAAAUAGUGUAUAGAAACAUACUAGAGUAAACGCACCAGGCAAAGCGAAUUUGAGAAGGAAUAUUGUUAUUUUUAUGUAUUAAAUAAUGAAAUAUUUUUUGAAUGUUCUUCAAUCAUUUGACGUUAUGUUUUUCAAAUAUGUUUUCGGGAAUGCCUUAAUCCUGUUCAAAUGGUUGCUAAAUUGUUAUCUAUUUAAAGUUUUUGGAAAAUAAAACUUGAAUUGAAUCACAAGAAUACAGCAA